ACUCUUAUUUUUAGAAAUCGCCGGCGAUUACCAAUCUUCCGAUUCCCUCAGCCAUCGUCAACCGCCCUCCCCAGCCGGCUCGCCGAAGCGUUGCCGUCGGCAUUGUUUCUCUUCAUUACUUGGUAUCGAUUUCUCCUCAGCACUGUUCGUCAGUACUUUUUCCAUUUAAAAAAAUUGAACGUCUGUAUCAGUGGGUAAAUGGUCACUAGGCAGUGUACGCGGCAUCUGGAAGAGGCAAAUUCGCGACCUUGUUUCGCUAACUGGAGGCAAAAGCAAAAGCAGGGGGGGAUAGAGAGAGAGAGAGAGAGGCGCAGGUCAAGACGAGGCAGUGGCAAAGCUUGAUGAUUACAAGCCAGUUCUUGCCAUAGUCCUCUUCCAAAUAACAUUUGCUUUCAUGGCAAUCUUCACCAAAGCCGCACAGACAGGCAGGGCUUCAACCAAUGCUAUUCGUCUUCUACCUUCAAUCCAUCGCUGCCCCGAUGCUCAUCCCUACUUCGGUUUUCUCAAGAGGAGGAAGCAUAGCUCACUUAUCGCUGGGAUGCAAAGGCUUCUGGUUGGUCUUUGUUACUGCUUUUAUUGGAUUAGAGAAGGUGAAUCUGAGGAGUAUAAGGAGCAUCGCUAAAAUCUUUGGAACAAUCAUUUGUGUUGAUGGAGCAAUGUCAAUGGGUUUACUAAAAGGUCAAAGACUUGUAGGCAUGGAGAUUCCAACAAAAACCACAGUACCAAUCUGCAUGAACUUUCUUGACCCAUUAUCAGUGACAACAUGGACUUGCUUCUUAUCAGUUUUCCAGUCUGCAACUGUUACAUUCUACUUGGAAUCAAAUAUGAGCGCUUGGAAGAUAACUUCGGUAACCUCUUCCAACUUUAGUUUUUGGUCACUUGAUCCGAUUCUUCCGACGAUCCUCACAUCAUCAGUUGCACUUAUUUUAGACUUUUUAAAGAAGCAUGAAAAUGAAAGGGCAAUUUUUGGAACAGUUGUGAACCUUUAUCUCCAAACCUGGUGCGUAGCAGUUAGGGGACCCCUGUACUGUGCAAUGUUCAAUCCUCUAACUACAGUCAUCACUGCCAUAUUGGCAUUUAUAUUUCUUCAAGAAGGGCUCUAUCUUGGGAGGUGCAGUUGCAGUUGUAUGUGGCUUGUAUAUAGGACACUUUGGGGCAAAGUAGAAGAUUUUGAAUCUAACCAUGUCAGCUCAGAUCAAAUGGAUCAUGUUGAUGAUUUGAUGAGCUCGGUCGAAGAACAUCUAAAUGUUAAUGAGAUUGACAUUAAUGAACCACUCCUUCCUAGGGUAAAAAAAUGAAAUGGAAGAACCAUGUGUUAUUAUAGUGUAUAUAGCCUAAGCAUGGUGUCUAUUGGCUGUUUGAAA